CACAGGAGAUAUCUAUUUACGCCAAACAUCAAUUUGACACAACCACCACGACAUGACAACUUAUCUGAUCACCGUAUAACUAUAAAGCGACAGUCAUCCGAGUCAUUACAAUCCCUCAUCCCGAUCUUACUGGCCAAGAAAAGUCUAGAACCACAGGGAUGAUCCCCACCGCCGCCUCGACCGGUCUCGACCCUGUCUUCCACUCACCUCACAUAAUAGCCCACUGGACCUAUGUCAACAACCCAUCCCCAAUACUCCAUACAAUUAUACCCCAUCCCAAUCAGUCCACAGAACCUCACCUGUCAAAUGCACUGUCAAAGCUCCAGCCGGCAACCCAACAUUCCAGGACUGCUCUUGAUCCUUGCAGCCCACAUAUACCCCCCUCAAAAACCAAACCCCGCCCAUCAACCGGGGCCCGGGAAUGCUCGAACCAGUAAACCCGAGCACAUAUACUGUACCUCUCCCUUAUACCCACACCCAAAAGGGCUACCUCUCUCUAACCUGGACCUUGAAACUUAUUUACCAUUAAACCCCCCCCCCCGGCCUAGUCACCCUGAGUCCUAUGAUAUAUACCGUAACCUCGUAUCCCUAGGAUUCACUGGACCGCACCCAUCGCUACUUCUAUAACCAACCCAACAUGACCCAUCAAGACCCAUCCAAUCCAAGUCCAGCCACAACCCCGACGGGAACCG